CCAUUUUCAAUUUCGUAGUUCUCGGUUCACAGAAAAAAUGUCGAAAAGAAAGGGUAUAUCGCUAGAGGAGAAGAGACAGAGGAUGUUGUCGGUGUUCUACGACAGGAAGGAGUUCUUCCAACUCAAGGAACUGGAAAAAAUCGGGUCCAAAGAGAAGGGAAUCAACGCUAUGGUGAUCAAGGACGUCAUCCAGGGUUUAGUGGACGAUGGUUUGGUUGACACUGAGAGGAUUGGGACGUCCAACUAUUUCUGGGCCUUCCCGAGUAAAGCUGUCCACACCAGGAAACGGAAGAUAGACGAGCUGGAGAAACAGCUGGAGGAGACCCAGAGGAAGAGGAAGGCAACAGACCAGAGUAUCAGUAAGGCACAAGUGGGCAGAGAGGACUCAGAGUCUAGAGAGAAGAUCUUACAGGAGUUGAAGGAGAAGAAGUCCCAGUGUGAGAAGCUGACAGUACAGAUAGAACACUACAGGGAGUGUGAUCCAGAAGUGCUGCAGGCCAAGCAGCAGGAAACACAGGUUGCAAAGGAUGCAGCUAACAGAUGGACUGAUAACGUGUUCUCUAUCAAGUCCUGGUGUAAGAGGAAGUUUGGCUUUGAGGAGAGUGUGUUGGACAAACAGUUUGGCAUACCCGAGGACUUUGACUACAUUGACUGAAAUUCCUU